GUCAAGGAACGCUCUUUUUCCGGUAUCUGCCAGACGAUUGUAGUACACAUUUUCGAUCUGCUGAAAGGAAUUUAUAUAAAAAUGUCGCUCGUAAUUCCCGAGAAGUUUCAGCAUAUACUUCGUGUGCUCAGUACCAAUAUCGAUGGUAAGCGCACUGUACCAAUUGCUCUAACUGCCAUCAAAGGUGUCGGCCGACGUUAUGCUCAUGUUGUGCUCAAGAAAGCCGAUGUUGAUCCAUUUAAACGCGCUGGUGAAUGUUCCGAGGAGGAGGUCGAGAAAAUCGUCACUAUCAUUUCGAACCCUCGUCAGUACAAAAUCCCAGACUGGUUUCUGAACAGACAGAAGGAUAUCAUCGAUGGCAAGUACUCGCAACUGACGUCCGCUAACGUCGACUCAAAACUUCGUGAGGAUUUGGAGCGACUGAAGAAGAUUCGUGCCCACCGUGGCUUACGUCACUACUGGGGUCUGCGUGUGCGAGGUCAGCAUACUAAAACCACCGGUCGCCGGGGACGUACUGUUGGUGUCUCUAAGAAGAAGUAAAUCCGGUCCCGGCAGGUUGCGGUGGAUGCGUUUUGUAUAUUUAUUAAUACAAAUGGGAUUGAAUGGCGAAUGUUUAUUCGUAGCGAACGGUUUGUGGUUCUAUUAACUGCAGCAUACAGAAGAAUCGAAUAAACGAUUGAAUGAUAUAUAAGGAAA